AUGAAGUUUAUUAAGCCGAUACAGAAGGUCCGGCCGGGCGUUCCGUGUCGCAACUUCCUAGCGCUGCACUGGUCGUGGCGGGCUGACGCUAACACCUUAUUUUAUCCCGUGAUCCAUCUUCACCUUCUCUUCUACACUUCACUACAUCCAUGUUUCUUUGAUACCCCAAUUCCUCGAGGCUUAGACGAUAUGCCUGUAGAACGGAGUGCCGAGAAGAGCCCCGCUUUGCCGGCCGCGUCUCACACAGCUUCUCCACCAAGCUCCCGGAGAGCUCUAAUUUGCUUAAUCGGCUUCAUUCUAUCGUUUCUGGUUGUUUACGGACUUUACACCCCGGGAGGCAGUUUAAUCGGCACAGGCAGAUGGUUCACCGGAACCUUUAAUAUCCCCGACAUUGAUGCUGACAAUGACUUGUAUCUUAUCGGUGCUGGCCGAGCCGACAUUACCGGCCCGGUUGUGGAAAUCAACAUGAUGGGCUAUGCAGACCCCAAACAGCUCGGUACCGGCCUUCGACAGAGACUGUAUGCCCGAGCUUUCAUCGUCGGCAGCGUCGAACGACCCGACGACAGGUUCAUCUACGUUGUACUAGACACACAAUCGGGUGACACAGCUGUUCGCUUUGGCAUUCUUCACGGGCUUGCUGAGCUUGGCUUCGAUUACUCCAUGUAUGGGCACCACAAUUUGGCAUUGACCGGGACACAUUCACACUCUGGACCGGGCGCCUGGCUCAAUUAUCUGUUGCCACAAAUCACGAGCAAGGGUUUCGACCAGCAGAGUUACAGAGCUAUUGUCGAUGGCACCUUGUUGGCGAUCCGUCGUGCGCAUGACAGCCUAGAGCCAGGGCAUAUCAGUGUCGGCUCAACCAAGGUCACUGGUGCGAACAUAAACCGCAGCCUGUAUGCUUACAUGGCGAACCCGGAAGAAGAGCGUGCCAAAUACAACGUCAGCGCCGAGAACGACGGGUCUGUUGAGAAAGACUUGACGCUGCUGAAGUUCCAGAGAGCGUCAGACGGCAAGAGCAUCGGUGCGUUGACAUGGUUUCCCACCCACGGUACAUCCAUGCUCGGCAACAAUACUCUCAUUUCGGGAGACAACAAGGGCGUAGCAGCGUGGCUAUUUGAGAGAAGUGUGCGAAAAUCGUCUGAUGCGACCAAGGGAUUCGUUGCUGGGUUCUCCCAGGCCAACGUGGGAGAUGUCAGCCCCAAUGUGCUAGGCGCUUUCUGCGAGGAUACCGGUGAGCCCUGCGACUUCAAGACGAGCACUUGCAGCGACGGCAAAAGCCAGAAGUGCCACGCCAGAGGCCCGUUAUUCAGGGAGAAAAACAACGGAGCCUCGUCCUGCUUCGAGAUCGGCAAGAGACAGUACAUUGCUGCCAAGGGGCUAUUCGACGACAUGGGGUCCAAAUCUCAGCGAGUUCGCGGCUCGUGGGUAAAAUCGUUCCAUACCUUCCACAAUAUGUCAGAGUUCCACUUCGACUUACCCAACGGAACGGAAGUGAGAACCUGCCCUGCGGCGUUGGGCUACUCAUUCGCAGCGGGAACGUCUGAUGGUCCUGGGGCAUUCGACUUCACCCAGCACGACUCGAACUCAACUAACACGAAUCCUCUGUGGAAGGUUGUUGGUGGUCUGUUGAAGGCACCUACGGAAGACCAAGUAGCUUGCCAUUCUCCCAAACCUAUUCUCCUUGAUGUUGGCGAAGUGUUCAACCCAUAUCAAUGGACUCCCAACAUUGUAGAUAUCCAAACUUUCCGAGUCGGCCAGCUGAUUAUAAUUGUCAGCCCCGGUGAGGCUUCCACAAUGGCGGGACGGCGAUGGAAAGAUGCAGUCAAACAUCAGGCUGAGUCCUUAUUUGCUGAAGAGACUGAUGCGAAGCCGGUCGUGGUAAUUGGAGGACCAGCAAACAGUUACACGCAUUACAUUACGACGCAACAGGAAUACGGAAUACAACGAUACGAGGGAGCAUCCACCUUGUACGGCCCUUAUACGCUGGAUGCUUACAUCAACCGAACGCUCAAUUAUCUUCCAACCCUGGGAGCGUCGUUCACCAAAGGACCCCCUUCUCAUGCUGGAGGACCUUAUCCACCUGACAAUACCAACCGUUCUCUGAGCUUCAUCACUGGCGUGGUACGAGAUGGCACACCCGUCUUCCGUAGUUUUGGUGACGUCAAGACCGACGUUGAAGGCAAGUACGCGAUUGGCGAUGUCGUGCGCGCCACUUUUGUCGGAGCCAAUCCGCGGAACAACUUGCGACUGGAGCAGACGUACGCAGCUGUCGAGAGAUUGACCAUCGACAAGGGGGCCAUCAAGAGAUGGGACACCGUGCGGAACGAUGACGAUUGGAGCCUGAUCUUCCACUGGAAGCGGACGAGUGACAUACUCGCCACGAGCGAGGUCGAGAUUGUAUGGGAGACGGAGAACGACGCAAAGCCGGGGACGUACCGCUUCCGUUACUACGGGGAUUCCAAAUCGUUGGGCGGCAAGAUUACGAGCUUCGAAGGAGUUAGUGGGCAGUUCAAAUUGCACUGA